AUGCAGCCUGUCCGCGCAAGUAAGCGCCGGAAGCUUGAUCGGGACGACACGGCCAAAAGCUCGCCUGCUUCCCUUCAGCCAACAGCCGCCGACAAAAAGAACAAGCGUGUGCAGUCCUCGCCUGCCGUCAAUGGAAAUGGGCAAAAUGGCGGAUCGAAAGCGGAAGAAUCGGGGUCGGAGGAAACAGCAGGAAAGGUCCUGUCUGCGCGCGAACAAUGGCUGCAGGCUAAAGCCAAGAGCGCCACACGAAAGGGCAAGAGGCCGAACGUCUAUGAUGAUAUUGAGGGCGGCAAUGUUGGCAGAGAGCCAUACGGACGCAUGACAAAGCCAGUGAAGAGAGAGAGGCCAACAGCGCCCAGCAAGCCCACUGCGGCACCGCUGGGCUUCUUCAAGCAGUUUGCAAAGGCCAAAGUCGAUGCUGCUGCAAAUGCAGGUGUGAGGAGAAAUAGGGUGGAUGAUGACGAUGAGGAUGAUGAGGAUGGAAGCAUCGCCGACAGCGAAGACGACGAUCAAAGCGAGGAUCAGAGCAACAUUCAAGUCAAACAGACUUCACGAAACGGCAAGUACUGGACRGCAGCGACGCCGGGGAAAUCAAAGAAGACUUUCGAAGAUGAGAUUCGGGAGGUUGAGGCGGCGGCGCGGAAGAAAGUAGCUGCUGGUGACAAUGCCAGUGAGGACGAACUCGCGGAGAAUGGCGAAAUGCGGCGCUCUUCGUCGAGGAAGACUUCCAUACAAAAGCCCGCGAGAAAUCAGAAUGAGCUGAAAGGCGCUGCGAGCCCGGUACGGAAAGCGUCCAAACCACAGCCACUGGACCGAAGGAAGGCCAGCAGUGUAAAGUCUGCUGAUGUUGAGGAUGGUGCAUCAGACGACGACAUCGAGAUUGACGAUUCGGAAGAUGGCCGGAUUGCGAAUCAUGUACGGGUAUCGACUCCGAAGAAACUGAGGUUCGAACCGCGCAAAAGCACUGGCAUCAAGAUCGCACUCCCACCUUUCGCAACGGACCAUCUACAGUGCAUUCGAAGGAUUGUCAUUGAGAAGUGUGCCGGGAAGCGUCCUAUACCCCUUACCAAUCUCGCAGAUGAGUUUGCCAAGGUCAACUCCCUCGUCAGCCAGACUGUCGCAGCCGGGGAGAGCAACAGCAUGCUCCUCAUAGGCGCCCGUGGCAGUGGCAAAACUGCUCUCAUAGAUCAGGUACUCCGUGAACAAAGCAUACAGCAUCCCAACGACUAUCACAUUGUCCGUCUUAGCGGAUUUAUCCACACGGAUGAUAAGAUUGCUUUGCGCGAGAUUUGGCGCCAGCUAGGCCGCGAAAUGGAGAUAGAAGAUAACGAAACUUCCAAGAACUACGCCGAUACUCUAACGACUCUCCUCGCUCUGCUAUCGCAUCCUGCAGAGACCGGUCGAGAUGAGGAAGGUCAUAUCACGAAGUCGGUCAUCUUCAUCCUGGAUGAGUUUGAACUCUUCGCCACGCAUCCGCGACAGACACUACUGUACAAUCUAUUCGACAUCGCACAGAGUCGCAAGGCACCCAUCGCAGUUUUGGGCUGUACUACACGGAUCGAUGUUGCUGAAAGCUUAGAAAAGAGAGUAAAGAGUCGAUUCAGCCAUCGAUAUGUGCACCUCAGCAUGUCAAAGAGCUUGCAGGCCUUCGAGAGUGUAUGUCGCAGUGCUAUCGGCAUCAAGCCCGCAGAGCUGGAAGGCGAUGAGAAGGCCGAGCUCGGAGGCUCAGUCGAAGGCGUCGUGGCGAAGUUGCAGAAGGCUGCCUUAUCCUCUACGGGCGGAAAAAGCAAGAAUGAGCACGCAGACGCACCGCCUGGUCCACUCGAUCAAUGGAACACGUUGGUCGAUGCGGUCAUCUCAUCUAGGACCUGCGCAUCAUUCUUGGCUAGGCUGUUCCACACCACUAAAUCGAUUCCAGAGUUCCUGAGCUCGCUGUUGCUUGCGAUGGCAACUCUGCCAAUAAACUCCGCACACACCUCCUCGGAUCUACUGGAACACCUCACGACCACCAUUUCAACAAACGCACUCCACCCACCCGACUCCAAGCUCUCCAUAUUGCCCUCGCUCUCCUCGCUCCAGCUUGCUCUCUUGAUCUGUGCAGCACGUCUGACAAACAUCUACAAUUCCGAGGUCAUCUCGUUCGCGCUUGCAUACGAGGAGUACAAAAACUUGGCAAGCAAGGCUAAACUCCAGGCUUCAGCUAGUGGUGCUUUGGCACAGGGCGCCGGCAGUAGAGUCUGGGGUAAGAGUGUCGCCAAAAGUGCAUGGGAGGGUCUGGUGGAGUGUGGGUUGAUUCUGGAGGAUGGUAGAGGUGGAAGAGUGGAUGUGGCUAUGGAGGAAAUCGGAAGCUGUGGUGUGGAGCUGGGUAGCUGGGGAAGGUGGUGCAGAGAGAUAUGA